AUGAAGAAGGAUUACAAACUAGUAGAUUCUGAGAUUGACUCAGCAGAACUAGUAGAUCCUGAUGGAGAGUGGAUUCAGAAGAGAAACUACGAACUAGUUGAUCCUUCUGAAGAUGUUGACUCAGCAGAACUGGUAGAUCCUUCUGAAGAUGUUGACUCAGCAGAACUAGUAGAUCCUGAUGGAGAAGUGGAUUCAGGAGAACUAGUAGAUCCUUCUGAAGAUGUUGACUCAGCAGAACUAGGAGAUCCUUCUGAAGAUGUUGACUCAGCAGAACUAGUAGAUCCUUCUGAAGAUGUUGACUCAGCAGAACUAGUAGAUCCUGAUGAAGAAGUGGAUUCAGGAGAACUAGUUGAUCCUUCUGAAGAUGUUGACUCAUGA